UGCAAUGCCUGAGUCUUGAAGGAAAGGGCUCCGCAAAGCUGACGACAAAUUUUACAAAGUAACGACCUGCCUCGUGAAGGAAAUUUCAGACAGAUAACAGAGCAAAGAAUGCCCCUUAUCCUGUGGCCAAAUUGCUGCAGUUUUCCUGUGGAUGUGUGAUACUCUGCACUGCAUUAUGGAACACCCAGUGAAAGCCCCUUUGAGAAGAUCAUUUAGUGAUCAUAUCAGAGACUCUACUGCUAGAGCCCUGGAUGUUAUCUGGAAAAAUACAAGAGACAGACGACUGGCAGAAAUUGAGGCCAAGGAAGCGUGUGAUUGGCUACGAGCAGCAGGGUUUCCACAGUAUGCUCAGCUUUACGAAGAUCUCCUAUUUCCCAUUGACAUCACUUUAGUCAAGCGAGAGCAUGACUUUCUGGACAGAGAUGCCAUUGAGGCCUUAUGCAGGCGCUUAAAUACUUUAAACAAAUGUGCAGUGAUGAAGCUAGAAAUUAGUCCACGUCGGAAAAGGAGUGAAGAUUCCGAUGAAGAUGAGCCUUGUGCAAUAAGUGGUAAAUGGACUUUUCAAAGGGACAGCAAGAGGUGGUCUAGGCUUGAAGAGUUUGACGUCUUCCCUCCAAAACAGGAUUUGAAUCCCUCAUCCCCAGAAGCGCCUCUCCUGACGAACGCAGCUAGCCAUGAAAGUGUACUGACAGACCUCAGCGAGCGUCAGGAGGUAGCUUCCAUUCAUAGCAUCAGCAGCACCAGUAGCCACCAAGUCACCCUCCAGAGCGAGGCAACCACCACCAGAACAAACUCAGUCGUUAGCGUUUGCUCGUCAGGAAACUUCAUAACGAACGAUGACUCCUUCAGUAGCCUGCCCUCGCCUAAGGAGCUGUCUAGCUUCAGCUUCAACAUGAAAGCCAAUGAAAAGAAUGCCAGGUCUAAAACGAAGAGCCUGUUAAAGAGGAUGGAGAGCCUGAAAAUCAAGAGCUCUCACCAUGGCAAAAAUAAAGCCCCUUCCAAGCUGGGUCUUAUUAUCAGUGGGCCCAUCCUAAAAGAAGGCCUGGAUGAGGACAAGCUAAAACAGUUUAACUGCGUGGAAAUUUCUACCCUCAAUGGCAAUCAUAUUAAUGUCCCCAUGGUACGAAAAAGGAGCGUCUCCAAUUCCACCCAGACCAGCAGUAGUGGCAGUCAGUCUGAGACAAGCAGCGCUGUCAGCACACCCAGCCCCGUCACAAGAACACGCAGCCUCAGUGCGUAUAAUAAAAGGGUGGGAAUGUACCUCGAAGGCUUCGACCCCUUCAACCAAUCAACCUUCAGUGAUGUCAUGGAGCAGAACUUUAAGAACAGGGGAAGUUUUGCAGAAGACACUGUUUUUUUUAUCCCUGAAGACCACAAGCCAGGUACCUUUCCCAAAGCGCUCUCCAAUGGUAACUUCUCCCCAUCAGAGAGCAACUCUUCGGUGAACUGGAGAACUGGGAGCUUUCAUGGACAUGGCCAUCUCUCCCUCAGGAGGGAGAACAGUGCAGAAAGCUCCAAGGAACUGAGCACUGGGAAAAGGCGCAACUCCUCUAGCUCAGUGGGCAGCCGCCUUAGCAUUUAUGACAAUGUACCAGGCUCAAUUCUGUAUUCCAGUACAGGUGACCUAGCGGACCUCGAGAAUGAAGACAUCUUUCCAGAGCUGGAUGAUAUCCUGUACCACGUAAAAGGGAUGCAGAAAAUAGUGAACCAGUGGUCAGAGAAGUUUUCAGAUGAAGGGGACUCUGAUUCAGCACUAGAUUCAGUUUCCCCAUGCCCUUCCUCUCCAAAGCAGAUUCACCUUGAUGUAAAUAAUGAUCGAACAACCCCCAGUGACCUUGACAGUACAGGAAAUUCCUUGACUGAGACUGAAGAGCCCUCAGGAAUGCAGGACAGAAGGGACUCUGGGGUGGGUGCAUCACUGACACGGUCCAACAGGCACAGACUGAGAUGGCACAGCUUUCAGAGCUCCCACGGGCCCAGCUUGAGCUCUGUGUCAUUACAGAUUAAUAGCCAGUCCGUGGCACAGAUGAACCUACUGCAGAAAUACUCUCUUUUGAAGUUAACUGCCCUCCUGGAGAAAUACACGCCUUCCAAUAAGCAUGGCUUCAGCUGGGCUGUACCAAAGUUUAUGAAAAGGAUUAAGGUCCCAGAUUAUAAAGACCGGAAUGUGUUUGGAGUUCCCCUGCCAAUUAAUGUCCAGCGUACAGGGCAGCCUCUCCCACAGAGCAUUCAGCAAGCCAUGCGGUACCUCCGCAACCACUGUUUGGAUCAGGUUGGACUGUUCAGGAAAUCUGGAGUCAAGUCAAGAAUCCAGGCUUUGCGCCAAAUGAAUGAGAGCUCAACAGACAGCGUUAACUAUGAAGGCCAGUCUGCUUACGAUGUGGCAGACAUGCUAAAGCAGUAUUUUCGUGAUCUACCUGAGCCGCUCAUGACCAACAAACUCUCUGAGACAUUCUUACAGAUCUACCAAUAUGUGCCAAAGGAUCAGCGGCUCCAGGCUAUCAAGGCUGCUGUUAUGCUUCUACCCGAUGAGAACAGGGAGGUCCUACAGAUUCUUCUUUAUUUCCUGAGUGAUGUCACCGCUGCAGUGAAGGAAAACCAGAUGACACCAACAAACCUUGCUGUGUGUUUAGCACCUUCCCUCUUCCACUUAAAUACUCUCAAGAGAGAGAAUUCUUCUCCAAGGGUGAUGCAGAGAAAACAGAGUCUGGGCAAACCUGAUCAGAAAGAUUUAAAUGAAAACAUGGCUGCAACUCAAGGCCUCGCCCAUAUGAUUGCUGAGUGCAAGAAGCUUUUCCAGAUUCCCGAAGAAAUGAGUAGAUGUCGGAAUUCUUACACAGAGCAAGACCUGAGGCCUUUAAGCCUGGAGGAACUUGGGCGAAUCAGCAGUACGGAGCCUUCAGACUAUCAUUGCUACCUUCAGGACUGCAUGGAUGACCUGCUUAAAGAGAUGAAGGACAAGUUCAAAGGCUGGGUCAGUUAUUCCACAUCAGAACAAGCAGAGCUGGCCUACAAGAAGGUGUGUGAAGGACCCCCGCUCCGGCUGUGGAAAGCCACCAUUGAAGUCCCUGCUGUGCCUGAAGAGGUUUUAAACCGUUUACUUAAAGAGCAGCAUCUUUGGGAUGAAGAUCUCCUGGAUUCUAAAGUAAUUGAAACUUUGGACAGUCAGACAGAUGUAUACCAGUAUGUCCAGAACAGCAUGGCACCACACCCAGCCAGAGACUCUGUGAUUUUAAGAACAUGGAGGACAAAUUUAUCCAAAGGAGCUUGUGUGCUGUUAGCCUCCUCGGUGGAUCAUGACCGUGCUCCAGUGGUUGGUGUUAGAGUUAAUGUGCUUUUGUCCAGGUAUCUGAUUGAACCCUGCGGGUCAGGAAAAUCCAAACUCACCUACAUGUGCAGAAUUGAUUUAAGGGGCCACAUGCCAGAAUGGUACACUAAGUCUUUUGGACACCUAUGUGCAUCUGAAGUUGCUAAAAUCAGAGACUCUUUCAGUAAUAAAGAAGUAAAAUCCAGGUGACUACAACUACGCAUUAAACCCAUCAUCAAUGUACACAUUCCUAGCAACUGAAGACUGUCGAAUGGAUGACAUGCAAUUGGUGUCUUGGAAGACUAAUAUAUUUAAUUGGACUGUGACCAUCCCAUACAUUUUAAAGCUGCUUCCUGUCUGUGUAAGGUCUGUAGUAUAGACCUUGACUGGAAUAUAUAGGCUGACUGUGUGCAAAACAAAAAAAAAUCAAAACUGUAUAUUGUACUAUUACUAGAUGGUUUGAGUUGCUUCUGAGAAGCAAAACUCUUAAUACAAAUAUAUUAUGGAAUGGGGUAAAGAUACUUCAUUCCCAUGUGAUAUUAGCUUUAUGUACAUACCUGUCAUUUUAUUUGUAAUGUGUUGAGGGACUGGUGUAUCCACUGGAAUAGCUGGUACUCUUCAAUGUGCUCUCACGGAGAGAAGCAAAGAAAGGUUUGCACAGAGAUAAGUGUGAAUGAGUGUAAUUGUUGAAAGGAAUAGCUAGAAGCAUGGUGUCUGGUACACUGAUAUGGAUCCACAGAAUGGAUUUUAAUGUAUUGGAUACAGUUCAACCUGGAAUCUCUGACUACCCAAUGGACCAGCAGCAGCAAUCCUUCAUUCUUGCCUGUUUUGUGUUAUUAACAUUGUUAACCUGUAAGCAAUUGUUAUAGUAGACUUGCUCUGUCUGUUUCAUACCCACAUGAUCUUUUUAGGAGUGAUUAGCAAAUUUACUGCAAUACAGAAUACACUUGUAAACUAUGUAGAUUGAAGUAGUGUUGAAAUUCUUCUCUAGUGGCCAAAAAAGCCAGUAAUGUCAAAUUGUUUUAUUGCCUAAAAAUGAAUAUUUGUUGCAUUUACUCCUGGAUGUGUUGUAAUAAUUGUACAUGGUCAUAGUAUGUUUCGCUAUAUCCUAAUGGUUUUUAAGAAGAAAAUGUAGACAUAGGAAUCCUGAUGGCAGGACGCCUAAGGCAGCAGACAGAGUAAGUUGACUAGAAAGAUUCAUAUGGAUUUUUCUCUUUUACCUGCCUUUCUGAAAGCUGCACAUUAACAUGAAGCUUUGAGAGCUUCAAUGUGAGCCAUUUAAUUUUUUAAAAACCCUUUGGAUAUUUCUCACUGACAAUCAUGUUAUGGAAGUAGGAAACCAAGAGGUCCUCUGGAAAAGGUGGUCUUUAUGCAGGUUUUACUAUAAAGUACGGAUUUGAUUUAGAGAUGCAGUAUUAUGUGAAAAAUGUAUUUUGUGACUGAGGGUAUGAAUGAGUUGCAAGGUGGCUGAAACUUUUUGUUACCAUUGUCAGUAUUAGUUUUAUUUUUUUUAAUGGCAAAUGUAUUAGUUUUCUCAUGAAUAAGGAGCCCUUCUAUAUUCAAUUUGAAACUCUUUGAAUUUGUAAAAUCAUAUGGUGUACAUACCAGUCUAUCGUAAAUAUGUAUACUUGCCCACAGUGUACUGUCAAACAUAAGUAAAGCAUGAUAAAGAUAAUUAUUUAAAAUAUACUUGUAUUUAUACCUCA